AUGUCAUACUUUACCAUGGCCGGGUCAGAGUUCGACCUCCCCCAUCCCACACUCUCACGACACCCCCCUCGUUUCUACAUCCCUGACCGCUCCGAGUACUCGCCUGGCCCAGCAACAUCAGGCUUUGGACGAGAGCCUCUCUCGAUGCACUCGCGCAUGCCGUCGAGCUCGACCUUGCCAUAUUCAGGUUACUCAACGCCAUACCACCGCGAGUCGUUUUACGGUUUGGGCUCGCGAUCCUCCAUCGCCGCGCUACGCCACGCGCUCCACAGCUACCCUCGCCACGCGCAGGGCGGUCCCCUUACGCCCCAGCAGCAGAUUUCGCGCGCGCGCCAGGGGCCCGCCCCCAUAGCCACCCGCGGCGGCGACACGAGCCCAGGGGAAGCAGCCGAGCUGGGCGACCCGACCGCGACUCUACCAGCUGACCUCUGGGCCAGAAGCAACGAACCGCUGGAGGCGCUCAUAGACAUCCACAGAGUCCUAUACCGCGGUGUUGAGGACCCUGCAGACCCCAGAGCACCCGCGUGGGCCGAGCAGGGUCGUGAAGUCAAGCGCGUGAUGGAGCAGUGGUUUGAAGGCGACUGCGUUUAUGACCAUCCCCUCGUUCGACUGUCAUCGCGCCAGUCCGUGCUCACCCACUUUGCGCUUCUUCAACUGCUCUCCACCGCUUACCUCCCCUCAUUCACCCCUUCCUCACUCCUCCUCCAUGCACGGUCUCUCACCUCGAGAGUGCGCUCGGCCCUACUCGGCCCGAUUUACUUGGCAUCUCCGUCGGCCAAUGCGUCUGACAAGCGAUCCGCAUCCGAUCCUAUUGACGAGUGGCUCGCAUCGUCAGGACAGCAUCACGGCUCCGUGAUGAACCGCAGCAACACCGACGAUGGGUGGUGGAAGCUCUGGGACGUUUCAGCCGAGUGCCGAGACAUCGGCUGCAUGGAGUGCUACGAAGGAUACCACAUUGCACUGAUCGAUCAUGUCAUCUCCCUUACCCUGUUCCCGACUGUCAUCAAGCGUCCGCUCAACAAUUUGACGCCUCUGCAGUCGUCUGACUCGCUCAUUCACGGUCCACCGCGCGGCUUUAUACUCCGCUUAGCUGAGUCGGUGCUGCGCGAGUUCGACUUCUUACUACACUGGGACCUGCCGGUUUCGACGAUCAUCGAGUUCAACGAGGUCGGCAAGGCCACCCAUGUGCGCGAUGUUGUCGAUGUGCGCGACGUGAUCGACACGUUUGUGCCCUUUGCCAAGCGCUUCAGCUGGAUAUCCCGCCGGUUAACUGGCAUGUUCACGUCGGCCGUAGGCAGCGUGGCCCUCACUCUUCUGCCCGGACACCAGGUCAUAUUCGGUGACCCGAUCCGUGUUGGCGACGCCAAGGCGAUGAUCCGCGAGCUCGAGGACGACGCCGAGGGCAGCGGGCAUGGGUGCGGCCACAAACACAAGCACCACCUCGGUUCGGCCAUUGGGUUGAGCUCUGUAGUCAAGGCGUCGGACGUCGCGUUUCCCGAACACGCAGGCUUUGGCAACUCGUUAGGGUUGCAAGGUGUCAACGACGACGGCCCCGAAAUGCUCAUGUCACCGUCUAUGGCGCCCGACGUUGACGGUUCGCGGUCAGACACGUAG